AGGGCGGCGAGGCGCGCAGGCGCAGGCGGGGCCGCGCAGCCUGCCCAGGGAGCGUCCGUCGGGGCAGGGCCGGGGCGGGCGCACUGCUGCGAUGGACGAAGACGUGCUGACCACCCUCAAGAUCCUCAUCAUCGGCGAGAGCGGCGUCGGCAAGUCCAGCCUUCUGCUGCGGUUCACAGAUGAUACCUUUGACCCAGAACUUGCAGCAACGAUUGGUGUGGACUUCAAGGUGAAAACUAUUUCAGUUGAUGGAAACAAAGCUAAACUGGCAAUAUGGGAUACUGCAGGUCAGGAGCGGUUCAGAACAUUAACACCCAGUUACUAUAGAGGUGCACAAGGUGUUAUCCUAGUUUAUGAUGUCACAAGAAGAGAUACUUUCAUCAAGCUGGAUAACUGGUUAAAUGAAUUGGAAACAUACUGCACAAGGAACGACAUAGUGAAAAUGCUAGUUGGAAACAAGAUUGAUAAGGAAAACCGUGAAGUUGACAGAAAUGAAGGUCUCAAAUUUGCAAGAAAACAUUCCAUGUUGUUCAUAGAGGCAAGUGCAAAAACAUGUGAUGGUGUACAGUGUGCCUUUGAAGAACUUGUUGAAAAAAUCAUUCAGACUCCUGGACUGUGGGAGAGUGAAAGCCAAAACAGAGGUGUAAAGUUAACAAACAAGGAAGAAGGAUAUGGAGGAGGAGGAGCAGCGUGUGGUGGAUAUUGUUCUAUGUUAUAAACUUUGGGAAGCUUAUUCUUUGCGUAUUUAAACAGAUAGUGACAUCUUUCUGUACAUAAAUUCAUUAAAUGCUAUUUUUAGGGACCUUGCAGUUUGCACAUAUUUGUUUUGUAUCAUGGCAGUGAACACUUGUAGGAAAAAUGUUCUGCAGCUUUCCCAGUUUGAAAACGUUAUGGUAAGCAUGCCCAGUUUGCAAUCUUCAGGUUUUUAUAAGUAGCAUAAAUAAUGUGCAAGAACAAAUGCACUACAAAUUUUAUGACUGUAUACGUUCAUCAUUUAAUUAUUCAAAAAAUCCAUCUAAGACACAUUAGUGCAUUGUCUGCUCUCUUAUUUUUAAAUGCUCUUGAAAUUAUAGAACUAUCUAGUGUGCACAGAUCUUGAAAACCGUGUGAGCUAUAAAUGUUACAUUUCAUUUCUUCUGGUAAAUGCUUUUUUUAUGGUAUUAAAACAGCAAGAUUAUACAGUCCUUAGACAAGUCUGCUGAAUUUUUGUCUUUCAGCAGAACUGUCUACAAUACGAAUCGGUACAGGCCGUAGUUGGUAUCGGCACCUUCUUGAAGAGAUGUUUUGAAAGCUUCCUUUGCAAAGCUUUUUUCUUUUUAAUCAUCACUUCAGUUGGUGGCUUAACUGGAGUUUUAAUCCUGUGAUAUUUAUAUACUAAAUUUGUGGUACUCUUGCACUCUAGGUUUUUAUGAUGCAGCCUUCCCUAGACUUGUUCUAGAAAGUCUUCAUUUUUGGCAAGGAGUCUGAAUGACACCUUUGUUCUUUCAUUGUGAAUCAAUUUGCCACACUUCAGUACGGAUGCCUGAUUUUCCUAAAUGUUUAUAAUAUAACUUUGUCUCAAACUGUAGCUCGCUGUGGCUGUGAAGAUCUCUUAUCACGUGUCUGCUUUGUGCGGCUACUUGUUCAGAAAUAAAACUUCCUGUCACAGACACUAAAGCUAUAGGGCUUCUUGAUCUCUAUAUGGAAAAAUACUACUGCAAUGAGUAUUCACUUGAACUCGCUGUAUCAAAGCCAAUGGUUUGUUUCAGAACACUUGUAUAGACUAAUAAAUUUUUUUCCUCAGUAUUCAACUUUUCUAACCUCUUCCUAUUGUAGAGUUGUAUAUUUUCUAGUACAUACAGCUUAAACAAGGUCACUUAUUACAGAAAUAUUAUUUCUGAAGGACAAGACAAGGAUGCUGUGUUGUUCUGUUGGUUUUUUUCUUUUUAAAUAAUCACUAUAGUGCAAUCAGUACUGAACUAUUGGGCAGUUUCUUGUAAAUAUAGUGAUGACAGCACCUUUUAUUACUGCAAGGUUUUGUGUAAAUGUCAACAUACAUGAUCUGUAUUUUGCAGCAGGUCUUGGCUGCUUCUGUUAAAAUACACUAUUCUUCACACAGAAA